AUGGGCUUCACCAGAGGCGGACCUGUGGUUCAGCACCCCUUCGGAACCGGAGAAGAGAAGAAGAUCUUUCCUUACUUCCAUCCGCACACCCUUUUGGGAAACAAGUUUCUCCCCCUUAGGGGAGCACCCCACAGAGGGCCUGGAUGUUACACAACAGAUACUAGGUAUGACUGGGUACACAACCUCUCCAAAAUCCCGACCAGUAAAAAAGGAUAUACUUUGGGAGCCAGAACAGCCAUGAGGUUUAAGCCGAAUAAGGAUCUGACACCUCACCCAGGCACGUACCAGACAAUAAAUCUUCAGGAGGGAAAACGAAAACAAAGUUUUGCUCCAUUUAAUGUCAUGUUGCCUCGAUUUAUAACUCACUCAAAGGACAUGAGUUAUCCUGGCCCUGACAUGUACAACCCGCAGAUAAAGCCACCCGCAAAAGUCACCUGGCCAAUGAAAUUUGGAUCUCCAGACUGGGCUCAGAUUCCAUGUCUGCAGAAAAGGACCCUAAAAGCUGAGCUGCCCAGCGACAGGGACUUCAAAAGACAUCGGAACCGUAUGGCCUACUUGAGCCUGUUUUACGGUUCAGAAGCUGGGUCUUCCUCCACAUGCUCCUCCUGACCACAGCGUCUCCCAGAUGGAGGACGGAGCUGCUCCUCUCCCCUGCACUGUGUGGUCUGCUCCUCGGCCAGCCUGAGGCCCAGGGCGGGGCAGGGGGCCCUAAGUACCCCGUGAGAGCAUAAAGGCCGGUUUGGCUUUGUAUUUUGGCCCUCACAGCACCUAUUUGAAAUGCGAAGGUUUCUUUUUUCUCUCUCCAACAUUCUGAAGUUGGGGAUUGGUCUGGUUCAUGUUCUUUUCCAGAAUGGAGAGAGGAAAGCGCUGGAGUAGAGUGCGGGGAGGGGGGAUGACCUCGGGUGGAGGCCUCCCAUAGAUCCCACCCCGGCCUCCGGUCUGUGCUGAAGCCGGCUGCGCACAGACCUACUCUCCC